UGGAAGUAAUUUCGCGAUUCUCCUUGUUCCAGGGUGAAAAGAAACUAACACCGAAUCGAACAGAGUAUAUUUUAUGUACGGAAUUGUGAAGAAAAGCAGCUCUCUCUUCGCACUUGGCAGCAGAAGCUGAAGAAGAAGCACUCCAAGAUCAUGAGCGGAGGCCGGUAUACAGUGGAAGUUACAAACCUCUCCAGUAAAGUAGCCGAGAAAGAUCUCUAUAACUUCUUUUCUUUCUCCGGCUUUAUCGAGCAUAUUGAAAUUACAAGAUCUGGGGAUUACGGUUCUACUGCUUACGUAACAUUCAAAGAGCCUUAUGCCUUAGAGACUGCAGUAUUGCUAAGCGGAGCUACCAUUGUGGAUCAACCAGUAUGCAUAACUCGCUGGGGACAAUAUGAGGAAGCUUGUAAUUUCUGGGACAGGCCCUCUUGGAAGGUUGAAGAUGAUACUGAGUCCAGUACUGAACGGUCGUACCAGUUCAACACAACCCUGAGGGAAGCAUUCACGAUGGCACAAGACGUGGUCAAAGCGAUGCUCUCGAAGGGCUACGAGCUAAGCAAGGAUGCUAUGAUCAAGGCCAAAGCUUUCGACGAGUCUCAUCAGGUCUCGUCCACGCCUGCAGCGAAGGUUGCGGAGUUCGGCAAGAAGGUCGGACUAACAGAUAAGAUCUAUGCUGGGGUCAAUACAGUUCGAUCAGUCGAUGAGAGGCUUGGAAAAGAAAUGGCAGUCAAUACGAUGCCCAUUAUAUUAUAUUAUAUAUAUAUAUAUAUAAGAAAAUGUGUUGAUGUUUCCGCGUCUCUAACGUCUAUUCUUUGCUGGUUUGUUCUUUUUUUUUUUGAGAUAAAGAUAGCACGCCAUUCUUUUCAUUUAUUUGAAAAAUAAAUUUUGCUACAAAUAUUGCGGCAAAUGAAUUCUCCUUGUAUUUUAUGACUUUAAA